GUUGACGUGGCGUAGCUGAUCUCAAGGCAGUGAGAGUGAAAGAGAGAAGAAUGGCUUAGCGAGAAGAGGCGGAUUCAACUCGCCUCAUCAGUGGCUUCGUUCAGGUACGUUACACUGGCGAUGGACUAAAGGCUAUAACCAACCUACUGCUCUUCUUAGACCGAGGGUUCGGGAACUCCGGUCUUGGAGGGCCGGAUUCCUGCACAGUUUGGAAGAAAAUGACUGGAAGGAACCAAUAUAAUGGCUUCCAGUCUGCUACGAUGGUGCAGCCUGCAACGGGAGGUCACGCAUAUAUGUUUGGGAACAAUUCAGAGACCGAGUGCUCCGAGGAGGACAGCGAAAGCUAUGAACUUCGUUCCAGAGGCCGGGAGAGGCUUCGCCGGAGCAUCUCCAGAGAACGACCGGAUGAUAUUGUCUAUGUAAUGAGGGACAUUAAGGAAGGGGACACCCUGAUUAGCAUUUCUCUUCAGUAUUUCUGUUCUGUUGCUGACAUAAAGCGGGCCAACAAUCUCCUGACAGAGCAGGACUUCUUUGCCUUGAGGUCCAUAAGGAUCCCUGUGAGGAGGUUCAGCUCUUUCACCGAAACUCACAACACAGCCCCCCAUAAAAGCAGCUCGCCCAGUGGCAUUCGCAGAGUCUCAGAGAUCCCACCAGCUGCAGCUUUGACAGACUCCUCCCCCUCCUCAACUUCCUCCACCGAUAGCGUAGAGUGCUUUCUGCAGGAGAAGGACAAGGACAUUGAACUUCUUGUCAAAUCCUCCAGCCCCUCCAGGAGCAGCCUCAGUGAAGUGGUUUCCUCCCUCAGCCCACAGCAGCCGUUGCCGGGAGACUCAGAGCGGAGACCGGUCCCGAGGAAAGACCCCUACUAUGGGGCUGACUGGGGCAUGAGGUGGUGGACUGCAGUGGUCAUCAUGCUUGUUGUAGGUAUUGUCACACCUGUGUUCUAUCUGUUAUACUACGAGGUGCUGAUGAAAUCGGACGUUAGCCACCAUGCUACCGCAGAGUCCAUCAGGCCUGAGCCUACACAUUCUGUUCUCCAUCUUAUGCGACCGGUUCAGGCUGUUCCUCAUGGAGAUUCGCAUAUGCAUCCAGUCGUUGAACAUGAGGGACCACAUCUGAAGCAUGAACAGAAAACGUAGAGAGGGGACCUUGGAUCAGGUUGACAUGGACCAGCACAUUUAUUUGAGGCAUUGAAUAUUUUUUUGAACUUGUAAUCAAACCACUUUGUUUUUUAAGUAAUGAGUGUUGUAUUUCAAAAGGACGAGUUCAGUACUUUUGAACCAAAUGUCUAUAGAUGAAGCACAGAUUUGGUUAUCAGUUUCGUAAUGUGCUUUGCAUUAAGAUAUUAAAUAUCGAAAAUUGCACCAUUGCAGUUUUGAAACAUAUUUCCAAAGACUUUCUAUUGGCUGACUUAAAUUUCUGGAGGAAAUGAGUAUGCACAAAAAUACAGGAUCCAUAUCAGUAUUGGUGGAUACCUGCGUAACAUCAGAGUUUGAUAUUAGGAUUUGAUGCAAUACCUAAUUGAUAGUAUGGAUGUAAUCCAUACCAGGGAAUUCCACCAGUUUUUUCAGGAUGUAUUCAUAAUGCAAUUCACUAAGUUGUAAACAAGACAUUCUGAGACUGAUGUUAAAUGAUGCAUUAUAGAGAAACGUACACAUUCAGAUUUAUUCACAGUGGUGGUUGAUGUCUGCAACACAAAUGUAAUUUCCUUUGCUAUCCAAAAUGACCACAGAACCUAUACGUACCUCUCUACCAUGAAUGUAUUUUGAAAAAUACAUUUUAGGCCAGUUCUAUUGUAAAAUAAUGUUUUCAGCCUCAGGUAACAUUCAUAACAGUUUCAUAUAAUAACUUGCUAGGUGGUGGCUUUUAAGGGCAUUCAGUUCUUCAGAUGUCUUGUUCCCAUCACCACCACUGUGGACAAGUCUGACUAAGUUUGAAUGGAGCUUUUCACAUCAAACCACACUGAAUGAUUUCUUUAUGCAGAAAUUUAAAAAAGGGCGGAAUUCCCAUUUAGAAGACAGAAGAGUCGGGAAGGUGAAUUGAAUCUCGGCUAUUGUCAGUGCGUCAGUGUAAUUAAUAGAUUAGUUUAAGUCAGUAAUUUAAAGUCUCUACAGACAGCUGAGAUGGGAAUAAUUAUUGGCUUAAGGCUACAGUUUUCAAUUUGAGGCAUUACCCAAUCCAUGUCAGAGUAAUGACAGUUUAGUGUUUGGUUCAAAACAGUUGAACUCAUCCUUUAAUAUGAGGAAUGAUUAUAGGCUGUGGACACUAGUUUCAACUUAUAAUGCCAUAGAUGGACUUAAUUAAGCAAAUAGUGCCAUGUAUUGAACUUGGCACUGCUCUGGCAUAAGGUUUGAACUAGAUUCAUCUGGCUCAGUUCCCACAGGCAGUUGUCUUGCAUUUUGCACAGUUUCCCCUUCACAUGGGCUGACAUAGCUACAUAACUUACGUGUUUGCUUUAACAGUAAACAACUGAUUUAAUCAAAAUGUAACUUGGAGACGGCUGAUGUCUCUGUCUUGGUGUCAGGGAUAUACACACGUGCACACUAAUUUAUUUUAGAGGAUGGAAAUGGUUACAA